UGUCACUUUCGGUCGUUGCACUUUGUGGAAAUGUUGUUGCACGUCGCCGCCGUUACCGUGCUCGUUAACAUCGCCAUUAUCGAACUGGACUCCCUUUAUUCCUCCUCGCCGACGAAGAAUUCGGACGUGGACUUCUCAGACGAGAGCCCGCUCCACCGCGUGUUCGUGUACGGCACGUUGAAGCGAGGCGAGCCGAAUCACGGCUUGAUCAAGGACACCGCGAACGGCUACGCCAAGUUCCUGGGUCUCGGCAGGACGACGACCCGGUAUCCCUUGGUCAUCGCCACGAAGUACAACAUUCCGUUCCUGCUGAAGAAAGCCGGUGCUGGCCACUACGUGCUCGGAGAGAUAUACGAUGUGGAUUCCAACAUGAUGAAAAAAUUGGACGAGUUGGAGGAACAUCCCAAGUUCUACGAGCGAACGGAAGAAGAGAUUUUGUUAGCGCCGGAGGCCGCGCUCAAACCUGGAAAACCUUUCGAGGAGGUCGGCGAGUCGACGAAAGCCUGGAUAUACUUUCUGCCGAGAUACAAAUCUUCCCUGCUGGACAGUACCAUGUACGCGUCUUACACCAACAACGGAAGUCACGGGCUGAAGUAUUGCGAGAAGUAUGUCCGCGAUGCGUCCUACGAUCACCGAAAGGAGGUGCAAUAAAUCAUUGCCGGCGGCUUUUAUCUCUUUGCAGCGACAACGACGCGUCGAGCCCCAACGAUGUUCUUUGAAUAUUCGAUCGAGGGUGCUAUUACUUAUGGCGAAUGGUCUCUCCUACGUUAAUUCUCGUGAAUUCAGGAAAAGUGGCGACGCAGAAAACAAUGAGUGAAUUAUACAAGGCUGUUUUGUAUCGCACGCAUAGCGGCGCAAUUAUUUGAAGCUAUAUUUUUAAGGAAGCAACUCCACGUCUCUUCCGAACCAAUUACACACAAUAGAUAAAAAUAAUUUAUAUUAUAUAAUUAGUUUUAUAUAUAUGUGAUACAACAAUCGUUCCUAUAUUAACAUAAUUAUCUAUUCUUCCAAAUCUUCAAAUCGAAAGAAUUUAGCCGGCAGACAUAUAAAAUGGGAUUUUGCAAAUAAAGGAGCGAAAAAAACUGGCAUAAAAGUA